AUGCAGCUCUCCAGCUUGCCACCGCACACAGUGGCGGUGCCAUUGGCAGUGGUGAAGCUUGCACCACCCAAUGCAACAGCGGCGCCAUCCACAGCGGUGGCCGCGGAUCCAUCUCUGACAUGCUGCAGGGAGGCGCCCUUGGAACAAUUAAUCAGCGGUGCCGGCGGUGGCGGCGGCGGCGGUGGCGAGCCCCUGCUGCGACUCCCCUCAGACGUCAUGCGUGCCGUUCUCGACCGGCUCUUGCCAGCCGACCGCGCCGCGCUCCGCAGCAGCAGCCGUGCGGGCCGCGCGGCUGCCAACGCACGCGUGGCGCGGAUGGUGCUCUACGAAAGCGACCUGGAAGCUGCCGGGCAGCUGCAGUUGUCGGAGGUGUUCCCGGAUUUGAAAGAGGUUCGAAUCACAUUGGAUGGCAGCAGCAGGGCGGGCGCCGACGACGACAGUGACGAGGACGGCAGCGGCGCCGCCGCGGGCACAUGGCGCCCCCAGCCGUCGGUGCAGCUGCCUGGCCGGUUCGCGGGCAGCUGCACGCUGUCCGCCGGCGCCGGGGCCGGCGGCGGCGCGGGGCGUGUGACGAGGGGGCGGCGCCGCGGCGUGGUGGAGGCGCGGGCGGCGGCGGUGCUCGCGCGCUGCGCCCCAGAG